AUGGCCGCCGCGACGACACAGCGCGGCGUCAAGGCGCUGCAUGGGAGCCAUCCGCAGGUAUGUUGUCGCCGCUACCCCGCUCUGGUGCCCACGCUGACCACACACCCCAACCAGAACCUCAUCGAAAAGGUCAUCCGCGAACGUAUCUACGAGUCGACGUACUGGAAGGAGCACUGCUUCGCGACGAAUGCCGAGACCAUCAUCGACAAGGCCAUCGCGCUCAAGGCCAUCGGCGGCGUCCACGACCGCCAGACGCCAACAGAGUUCAUGUGCCUCGUGCUCCGGCUGCUCCAGCUGCAGCCCGAGAAGGAGAUCCUGAUGGAGUAUUUGCUCGCCGAGGAGUUCAAGUACCUCCGCGCCCUCGCAGUCAUCUACAUCCGCCUCGCGUUCCGCUCGAUGGAGGUAUACGAGAUCCUCGAGCCGCUGAUGCGUGACUAUCGCAAGCUGCGGCAUCGGCAUGCAGGCGGCUACACCCUCACCACGUUCGACCAGUUUGUCGACGACCUGCUCACGCAGGAACGCGUGUGCGAUAUCAUCCUGCCCCGCCUCACGAAGCGGAGCACGCUCGAGGAGGCCGAGGGGCUGCCGGUGCGCAAGUCGCUCUUGGACGAGGACCCGCGCGAGGAGGCUGCGGAGAGCGGUGGAGAGGGCGAGGAGGACGGGGAGGAGGGCGAUACGCGCGGCAGGAAACGCGCACGCCUGUCGCGUACGCCAGACUCGCGCGACUCAUCGCCUGAUUUACGGAGGUCGCGCUCGCGUUCCCGCUCGAGCUCGGGAUCCAGCCGCUCGCGCUUCGUGUCCCGCUCGCCGUCGCGCUCGGGCUCGGAGGAUGGCGACGAGGGCGAUACCCGCGCGCGCUACGUCUCGCGCAGCCCCAGUGUCUCGCCCGACCGUGUCAUUGCCCCAGAGGGCGAGAGGAUAGAAGGCGACGUGUAA